GCUUCGCGUCCUUCCCGAUUUCCUCAUCUUCAUUGAACUUCGCCAUCGCAUCGGAGCUCCGAGAACUCCAUCGAAGUGCCCGUAUAUGCGCGCCGUAUCGGUUUCUCGGCGGCCAGAUGGUGGUGCUCUUGGGGGGGACAGGGGGUUGGGCUGGCCGGAGAUGCCUCCCACCUGCGCUUGUUGCCGCUGAGGUCUUACUUGCCUGCGUUGAUGGGGCUAUCGCCUCCGUCGCUGUAUUUCAGUUAUUAAGGAUGCACUUUCGGAAUCAACAACUUGGCUGGACUCGUCAAAAGAUUUUUCAUCUCAUGAUUGGCUCUUCAAACAUAGGCUACUUGAUCUAUUUUAUAACCACUCUUGUUGCUACUUGUGAGGAUUGGUUAUGUUGGUCAGGUGGUUGUGGAUUCAUCCUCAUGGCUUGUCCCCAAAUAUUGUUUCUGGCUGCAUUUCUUCUGCUUUUGUCAUUCUGGGUCGAUCUCUGCCAUCAGCCUAAUGAUGAAGAUGAAGAAGAUGAUGGGCAGGGUUAUAACGAAACAUUGCUGGAAAAAUCAAAGGUUAAACCAGGUUCCCACCAAGCAGUUGGGCGCAGAAGAUGUUGCCCAUUUCAAACCAUUCAUGUCGGAAGCCGACAAAAAUUUGUAAUCAUGGUAAUUGUGCUGACAUUUAUAUGUGUGGUAGCAUUCACACUUCUAAUAUGGGCUGGAAAAGGCAGAAAUCCUAUUGAUGCUUCAGUCAUGGCUCAGGUUUAUCUGGAUAUCUUUUCAGCAGUGUUUCUUUUAUUAGGAGGAGCUUUGGCUUGUUACGGAAUACUGCUAUUCUUAAAGAUGAAGAAAGUAAGAUCGGAAAUGGUCUCAACAGAAAUGUGGAAGGUUGCAGGUUUGGCAGCUCUCUCUCUCCUGUGCUUUGUGUCAUCUUCCAUAUUGGCCCUCGUUACAAAUAUACCUUUGCAGGUGCUCUCCUACUGGCUGCCAGAUCAACCAAACAGUAUAGAUAGUUCGGUUUUCUUAUUUCUGUAUUACUUCAUAGGUUCAUCGGUCCCAUCGGGCUUUGUACUAUGGGUAAUGAGAGAAAUGCCACCUCGACUCGUAGUUGAAAGACCGAUACAGUCUAGCGUGGUGACUAUCAUUCGUGACAGGCCAACAGCUUCGCAGAAUCCUCAAUGGAGAGCUGCUGUAACAAGUUCUCAGAACAAGGCUCUGAAAGCUAGCCCCAUAUAACCAUUUGACAUCUCCAUACUAAUGUACAAGCUGAGAAGAGCUUCCAAUUCAUCGACAACCGUUUGAACCGGGAGUUGAAGCAUCCCUUGAUGUUAUGGUAUGACAACUCACUAUUUCAGUAAAAAUGCCUGAUUAUAAUGAUGAAAUGAAGCAGCAUGUCUUUGGUUUUUUUAUGCAUAUAAAUAAUCAGAAAUCGACAGGAAGAACAUGUGAGUCUCUAGUGUAUCUCUAAUUAUAAUCUGUGUAAUUUUGAUGUUCUGCCAAUAUAAAUUUCUAAUGCUAAUAUGUUUGACUUGGCUUGCCA